AUGAGCCUCAACCUGCAGUCCAAUAGAGUGGACAUAUACUCUCAGUAUGAAGGAUUGGCGUCCAAGACCAUUGAGUCCAUUUUUAGUGGUACUGAAUAUGCUCGAUCUCAAGGUGAAGUUAGAUUCACAAUCAUUCCUGCCUCCACAAGGGAAGAAAUGUCAUCAAAUAAAAAGCUGUUUAUGCAGGCUCUUUUCGACUAUGAUCCCAAUGAGGAUCCCACCGUUCCGUGCAAAGAAGCAGCAGUAGCCUUUAGAAAGGGUGACGUCCUCCAGAUAGUCAGCAUGGAGGAUGACACCUGGUGGCAGGCCCGUCACCUUGGGGACAGCAACGAUCGGGCAGGACUCAUCCCCUCGAAGCAGCUCCAUGAGAGGAGAGUUGCACUACAGCGACCUAAGGCGCUGUUCAAGCCCCGACCAGUCAAACCACCAGAUGUGGCGGAAGUCAUGGAUGACGUAGACUACGGAGCUAUAACAGGGAUCCACAUUGGUGAGAUGUUAGACUUGUUCCAAGUGAAAAUGAACUAA